AUGGGAUCCAGGCCAGAACUCAAGGUCGACGACGAGAAUGGCUUCAUUUCCUUCUUUCAAAGACUCCCAGAAGUAGAUGCUAUCCGUCUAUUCGAACGCAAUGAAUUCUAUACUGUUCAUGGCAAGGACGCGGUAUAUGUUGCUAAAACAGUCUACAAAACUACAUCGGUUAUCCGACAACUAGGUAAUUCAAGAAAUACUCUUGAAUCAUGUACACUUUCCGUGACUGCCUUCCGUAAUUUUCUACGCGAAGUUCUUUUCAAGGAGGGCAAACGAAUCGAAAUUUGGUCAUCCACAGGGAAAAAUAAAUGGGAGCUCACAAAACAAGCUUCCCCUGGAAAUCUUCAGGAUGUAGAAGAAGAUUUUGCUGGACAGAUAGAAUCAUCGCCAAUAAUUCUAGCAGUCAAGAUAUCUGCGAAGGGAGAAGAGCGAAAUGUGGGUGUCUGCUUUGCGGAUGCCAGUAUUCGUGAGUUGGGUGUGAGCGAAUUCAUUGACAAUGACCUCUACUGUAACUUCGAGUCUCUCCUGAUUCAAUUGGGUGUUAAAGAAUGCAUCGUACAAAUGGACGAGAAAAACAAAGAUUACGAACUGGGCAAGCUUCGGGCCCUCAUCGAUCGCUGCGGAAUUGUCAUGACAUUUAGAAAAGCCGCCGAUUUCUCUAUCAAGGAUAUCGACCAAGACUUUUCGCGCCUACUCACAAGUGAGAUUGCAGUUGGGGUACUUCCACAAACCGAAAGUAAACUCGCUAUGGGAGCUGCUUCGGCGUUGAUAAAGUAUCUAAAUCUCAUGUCCGAUGAUCACAAUUUCGGCCAGUAUCAUCUUUACCAGCAUGAUCUGGCUCAAUACAUGAAGCUCGAUGCAUCUGCUGUGAGGGCCUUGAACCUUCUACCAGGACCUAGAGAUGGUGCUAAAAAUAUGUCUCUUUAUGGUCUCCUCAACAAAUGCAAGACUGCGAUCGGAACUCGAUUGCUUUCUCAAUGGCUAAAACAACCGUUGAUGAGCCAUGAAGAGAUUGAGAAGCGUCAUAUCCUUGUCGAAGCAUUUGUAGAGGACACAGAGCUAAGACAGACGAUGCAGGAGGAGCACCUUAAGAGCAUUCCGGACCUUUAUAGACUCGCCAAGAGGUUCCAGAGGGAGCUGGCCAAUUUGGAAGAUGUCGUAAGAGCCUACCAAGUUGUUAUCAGGAUACCUGGAUUUAUUGGUACACUGGAAGGUGUCAUGGAUGAAAAAUAUAAAGACCCACUAGACAUGAGUUAUACAGCAAAGCUAACGGAGAUCGCUGGGAAGUUGGAGAUGUUGCAAGAAUUGGUUGAGACUACUGUUGAUCUCGACGCGCUUGAUAACCAUGAAUUCAUCAUUAAACCAGAAUUCAGUGAUGACCUUGGUAUCAUUAAGAAAAGGAUUGAAAGGCUGAAAACCGAUAUGGAAAAGGAACACCGAAGAGCUGGGAGCGACCUCCACCAAGAAGUUGACAAAAAGCUUUUCCUCGAGAAUCAUAAAGUUCACGGAUGGUGUUUUCGAUUAACUCGGACGGAGGCAGGAUCUAUCCGGAAUAAGAGAGAAUAUCAGGAAAUUUCAACACAAAAAAACGGCGUUUACUUUACCACUAGUAAAUUACGAGACUUAAAUAGGGAAGUUGACCAAUCGACACAGACUUAUAAUAAAACUCAGAGUGGGCUUGUGCAAGAAGUCGUCAAUGUGGCAGCUUCCUAUUGUCCUGUUCUUGAAGAACUUGCAGACGUAAUCGCCCACAUGGACGUUAUUGUCAGCUUUGCCCAUGUUUCGGUGCACGCUCCGUCGCCAUAUGUCCGGCCUAAGAUGCACCCACGAGGAGAAGGAAACACCAUUUUAAAAGAGGCUCGACACCCCUGUAUGGAAAUGCAAGACGACAUUCAGUUCAUAACAAAUGACGUGAGCUUAUGUCGAGGGAGCUCGGAGUUUUUAAUCAUCACUGGCCCUAAUAUGGGUGGUAAAUCGACAUAUAUUCGACAGAUCGGGGUAAUUGCUCUCAUGGCCCAGGCAGGAUGUUUUGUUCCUUGCUCCGAGGCGGAAUUGACCAUUUUCGACUGUAUUCUGGCCCGAGUCGGAGCUAGCGACUCGCAAUUGAAGGGUGUUUCUACGUUUAUGGCAGAGAUGUUAGAGACUGCAACGAUUCUCAAAUCGGCCACUUCUGAAUCGCUGAUAAUUAUCGACGAGCUUGGUCGAGGAACAAGUACCUAUGACGGGUUUGGGCUAGCAUGGGCUAUCUCGGAGCACAUUGUCAAGGAAAUCCAAUGUUUCUCUAUGUUCGCUACCCAUUUCCAUGAGUUAACGGCUCUGGUGGAUGAGUAUCCCUCGGUCAAGAACCUUCACGUCGUCGCUCACGUCGGAGAUAGUGAAGGGGAAAAGAGAGAGGUCACGCUUCUGUAUAAAGUUGAAGAUGGCGUUUGUGAUCAAAGUUUUGGUAUACACGUUGCGGAAUUAGUCCGCUUCCCGCAGAAGGUCAUCAACAUGGCUAAACGGAAAGCUGAUGAGCUUGAAGAUUUCACCGGCAAGCUAGAGCAACAGCAUACACAAUGCAGUAAAGAGCAGAUUACAGAGGGGUCAAUACUUCUCAAAAGAUUAUUGUUGGAAUGGAAAGAUAAAGUUGAUGGCGGGAGCAUGUCAUCAGAAGAAAUGAGGGAAGAGCUCAUGAAAUUGAUAUCAGGGCCAUACAAGGAAUCAUUCGAAAAUGAUCCUUUCUUCCAGGCUGUGAAGGCUUUGUAG